AUGGCUCCUGAACCACACUCGUCUCCCAGCACUGUGGGAACGGAGGAGAAAAAUGAUUCAAUUGGCUUUAUCUCUCAGAAUAUGAGAGAAAUGGUAAAGAAGAUCCAGGAUCUUCGGCAUCUGGGGAUCGAAAAUCAUGGCCUUCCGCUACCGAAGAUUGUGGUCGUUGGCGACCAGAGCGUUGGGAAAAGUUCACUCAUUGAGGGCAUGAGCGAGAUCAAAGUCCCAAGAAGUGCGGGAUGCUGCACACGAUGCCCUCUUGAGAUAAACUUGUCUGAGAGUGACGACCCUUGGACGUGUCGACUCAUUUUGACGAAGAAGUACAUGUUUGAUGCAACAGGCCGCAGUCAGAGAGCCACGAAUGCCCGACCAUUGGGUCCUUGGAUUGAACAAGAUCCCGAAGAGCUUCAUUUUGCGACCCUGACAGACAAGAAUUUGCUCCAGGAGCACCUCAAGUGGGCUCAGCUGGCUAUACUUAACCCAGGGCGCAGCCACACUGACUUUAUUCCUGGGGAAGACCAGGAGAUCGACGGCACUUAUAGCCAAGUCAAAUUCUCUCCAAAUGUUGUCCGACUAGACAUCUCUGCGCCAGGGUUUCCAAACCUUUCUUUCUACGACUUACCCGGUGUUAUCAAUGUUGCCGAACUCGAUGAGGAGCGCUACCUUGUUGGCUUGGUAGAGAACCUUGUGAAAGAAUACAUCAAAGCACAGAAUUGCAUUAUUCUCCUCGCCCUACCCAUGACCGACGAUGCAACCAAUUCCAGCGCUGCACGUAUCAUCCGCGAUAUUCCAGGGGCAAGAGAUCGUACUGUUGGAGUUCUCACCAAGCCUGAUCGUGUUGAGCUCAAGAAUGGGAAUGAGUAUGAUCAGUGGCGCGAGAUACUUCGCGGCGAAAAAUUUGCAACCGGCCAUGGCUAUUUCGUGGUACAAAAUAAUCCUGAUCCGAGGAUUGAUCAUGCCACAGCUCGUAUAGACGAAGGCUGCUUCUUUUCUAAUCCGCCAUGGACUACAGAGCUAGCUGAGUACAGUGACAGAUUUGGUACUCGCCGUCUCCAGACGGCUUUGUCAAAGCUACUGUUGAGGCUGAUUCAAGAUUCCCUACCAAAAAUAAUCGAACAGAUUAAUACUCAAGCGGAGUUUGUUGACCAGGAGCUGGCUAAGCUACCCAACCCUCCAUCGGCAAAUGUGUCUUAUAUAUUGUGCCAGAAGCUUAAUGCUUUCGUAAACAAUGUUCAAAUGCAUGUUGAUGGAGGUUCCGCCAAAUACCCCUUUCUGAAACAAUGGGGUAUCCUUGCUUCUGAAUUCCAACAGUACCUCAGUGCCUCCAGACCUGGGCUGUCUAUCUCGUGUGCAUCUGAAUCAGCCAACCCAGAGAGUAAGGGAGACGACUCUACUUCAAGCUCAAAGGCUCAUAAGCGGAAAAACCCGCCACAAACAAACGGAACAAGCGACCUCAAGAAGAAGAAAGUUGGAGACAUUGCUAAUGGCUCCACACCUAAUGUGUCGGCAUUCAAUGUCCAUGGCCAUUUCGACAAUUUCCACAUAUCAAAAGAACCAAGGACUUUUACACUCAGCGAGAUCCGUGAUAUCAACGCUGAUACUUAUGCAUCUGGUGUCCCUGGCCUAGGGAAUCCCCAUGCUGUCGAAGCACUUAACCGAAUCAGUGUUUCUCACUGGGAGGAACCGAUGGAAAAGUUCCUGCUAGUUACCUACGCCUUGAUGAAAGAGGUGCUCCUAGAUGAGAUGCGUUCUGUUUUUGGUCAAUAUGAGCAAACAGCUCUCUUUGACGAGUUGAAGGUCAUUAUCGUGGACUUCCUCGAAUCCAUUCGCAUCGAACACUUCAACCAAGCUGAAUCAGUGUUCAACAUUGAAUGCUUGAAACCCUUUACAAUGGCAAAUGCAUUAUUCCAGCGUGGCCAAGCCGAGGCCCAUGAAUACUUUUUCAUUAGGCGAUAUGAAGCCAGGGCUCGUCAAUAUAUAAAAUUGAUUAACGCACAGCAGGAGGCUUCGGGUAAUAAGCCCUCUAAAAUGGAUCCGAACAAGGUGUCAGAAAAAGAUCUAGGUCCAGACGAAUUCGCCAAGGAGCUGGACAUAAUGAGUGCGUCUCGCGCUUAUUACAAUAUUGCUUCGUCUCGCUUUGUGGACACUACGUGUCAGGGUAUCCAUAUCAAGCUCUUCAUGCGCUGCCGAGAUGAGCUGAGAGGAGAGAUUGAGCAGAAGCUCGGUAUCUUGGAUGAGAAUGCUUCCGAGCGCUGCAUAGAGCUGAUGGCUGAGGAUCGAGAGAGACAGGUGCGAAGAAUGCACCUUCAAAAGGAAAAGGACAAGCUCGACAAAGCUCAAGGAUGGUUAAAGGUCGCGGAAAAGUCCCCAGAGCCCCUUUUCUGCGACGCCAACUCCGUCUUGCCCUGA